AUGAACCAUGAACAUACUCAAGAUCAAUCUGCAGAGGAGGAGUACUUUGCCGAACAUGCAUACCCUGAGUACCACUCCGAACCACUAUACUCCCUGACUCAUAGCCAACAAUCAUGGGGUGUUUAUCCAGGUCCAGCUACAGGUAGACCCCUACCGUACAAAGAGAUGGACAAAGAAACCCUCAGCUAUGGAGAAGAGGAGAACCAUCCCACUCAGUCAUUCAACCUGAUGAAUGCAUCUGGGGAAGGAAAUUACGAUUUUGUCCCGUAUAGUGAUGAAACAGUGGUUGCUUCCUCAAAGACCAAUACAUGGGAUUCACCGGUCUUAUGCGGUUGGGAAAGCCUCAAACCCACCACUGCACCUACUCCAACUUUGGAAGAGCAAGAAGAAGAUGACCAUUAUGAUUGUCAGGCAAUCCAUGAUUGGGCACCCCCACCCCACCAGGUUGAUCGGAUUGAUCACGUACCAUCAACCAUCGCAACAGAUGAAGUACUGGAUUUUGAUGGUGAGGGAAUAAAUUUUCGUGCACCCUCACUAGGGCAUGAGGUGCGUCAAGAUUCAUUAGCAAUUGAUGUAGGGACAAGGUGGUACACUGCCACUGGAAUAGCCACCGCUUCAAUUGACCAGCUGAAAGAUAUCAGACGGCACGUCAUAGCAGUGUCAAAAUGUAUCAAGGACAUGGAAAAAGAGAUUGACCAAGCAAAGGAGCACACACCCGAUUGGUUGGGAGCAGAACCUGAGUUGAGGGAAGCUAUCUCUUAUUGGAGGAGUGUGGAUACCAAAUUUGAUACAAAUAGACUAGGGAAAUGGGCUGUGGAUCGAUUAUGUGACACUCAGGAAGAGCUGACGGUAAAGAAUCGAAUGGUGCAUAUGUCUUUGUUACAAGCCAGCUUGCCCUAUCUGAGAGACAAACAUUAUGAAAGGCCUGGCCCUGUGGAAGCAAUUACAAAUUGUACUUGUUGGGAGCAUUAUUAUUGA